UUUUAUAGCUUAGUGAAAACAAACACUCAUCAUGAUUGAUCUACUUGGAGGUGGAGAGUCCAGCUUUGGUCAGCUGAAUGCCUUGACCAUCACAGCAACACUUGGAGUGGUCACUGCUACUCUGGCCCUGUGGACCAUGAUGAGGCCAAAGGGGUUCCCACCUGGUCCCAGGGGUCUACCUAUUGUUGGAAGCAUAUUCAGUAUGAACGAUUCUCCCGAAGUGGUUUUUGGUAAAUGGUCUAAGCAGUACGGUGAUAUCUUCGGGUUUAAGGUCGGGGAAAGAUGGAUGGUCGUUCUUAACCGACAAGCUUUGAUCAAAGAAGCCGUACUCAAACAGGGUGUAGACUUUGCAGAUCGUCCUGAUUUCUAUUCUAUGGAUAUUUUCACGGAAGGAUUCAAGGACAUCGCAUUUAGUCCAUACAGUGAGACUUGGAAACUUCAUCGCAAGUUGGCUCAUACUGCUCUCAGGCACUUUGCAACCGGCAAACCACUCCAGGAUUUGAUCUCGAGUGUCUAUCCAAAGAUUGAAAAGUAUCUUGCCGAGAAGGAAGGCAAACCGGUCGACCCUAAGCUUCUCCUCACUCUUCUCAUGUACAAUGUCCUUACACAGAUGUGUUUUGGGACAAGUUACGAGUUGGAAUCUCCCGUUGUUGUGAAAUGGGUGGAAAUGGCUGACGAAUUCAAUGAACAAUUUGGACUAGGUCUAGCCGCGGAUUUCUUCCCUUGGGCCAAAUACGUUCCCACAAGUGGGCCACGAUUUAUCAAGAAUAGCUCAGAAAGGUUCUUCACUAUGAUGCGUGCACUGGUUGACGAGUCUAGAAAAAGAUACGAUUCAGAGAACAUCAAUGAUUUCUAUAGUCUGCUCCUCAAAGCCCAGGAAGAUGCAAGGAAAGAAGGGGAGAAUGUAGAUAAACUGACAGAUACACACAUUUUGCAGACGAUUCUAGACAUCUUUUCGGCUGGCACCCAGACCACUAUUGAGACUCUGUAUUGGGCCAUGGCGCUGCUUGUGACCUACCCAGAAUUCCAGGCAAAGGUCCAGACCGAGAUCGAUGAUGUCAUUGGCCGUGAUCAUCUACCUACCAUCAGUGACCGCGGAAAACUUCCCUACACGGAGGCCACUCUCUACGAAGUGAUGCGGUACAGUAGUAUUUUGCCCACUUCAGUGCCUCGCGCUACUACAAGAGAUACAACACUUGGAGGCUAUUCCAUCCCCAAGGGUGCGGUGGUGAUGAUCAAUACCUACUCCAUGCACUAUGAUCCUCAAGAAUGGGACCAACCGGACAAGUUUCUUCCAGAUCACUUCCUCAGUAGCAGUGGUACUGUCCGUGAUCACCCUUCAAGCUUUCUACCCUUUGGAGCAGGACGUCGUGGUUGUCUCGGUGAAGCCGUGGCCAAGGCUGAUCUCUUUCUGAUCUUCACAUGGUUCAUGCAGAACUAUACCUUCAGCAGGGUUCCUGGAAAGGAGUCUGAAGACAUCUUAAAGAUGAUUCCUCAGACAGCUUCUGGAAGACUUUUGCGGCCUUAUGAGAUCAUGAUCAACAAGCGUGACUAAUAUAAGUUCUUUAACUUGCUCUAAGUCUAAUAGAGAACAAUCAAUAUUUUAUUGUAGAUGAAUACUGGGAGAACAGUUUUCGGAACUGAAGUGGCUACCCUGGGUAAAUAUACUUGGGUACCUGAAUAUUAUGGUAGUUCUCAGUCCUAUUGGUAGUUUGUCUGAAUACUGUAUACUAUGUUAUUAUCAAAAUUCAUCUGUAUUUAAAAUUUAGCUUUUGAUGUUUAUUUGAUAUCAUAUUUUUAGUUUAGAACGAUUUUGGCGUGAUCCUUUGUUCUUUUUUUUUGUCCUUUCCAUCGGGUCAUUGCUCUGUUUUUAAUGUGCUUUCUUAUGUAUGUAUACUGACAUGGUUAAGAUUAAUCUACGAAUCUAACAUGGUAUACGGUGCAGUAUUCCCUCAAAAAGACACAAAUUGUAACAUAGUAUGAAGAAAAAAUAAAGUUCUGCCUUGGUUAUAUAUGUAUAUAUGUAUGUAUAUGUAAAGCCUUUUUCAGCCACUUAACCAUGUAGCAUCGUCUCAAGGGUAUUUACAGAAAUGUAUGAUUUAUGGAUCGUUGUGGCCCAGUGGAUUACUCUCCAGACUUUGAAACAGAGGGUUGUGGGUUCGAAUCCCAGUGAUGGCAUUUGCUUCAAUAAGAAAUUUAUCAACAUUGUGCUGCGCUCAGCCCAGGUGAGGUGAAUGGGUACCAGUCCUGGCAGGAAUUAAUUCCUUGAAAUGCUAAGUGCUUAGUAAAGGUUGCCAGACUAAAGCAAGGGCGGCGCGUAUUUUCGUUAAAGGAAAAAUGGGAACACUUUUGAAUAUAACCAAAUGGGCAUUUGGAUGCAAACGGAUAUUUUUACCAUCAGAUUAAGUUUUUGCCUGAAUAGCAGUGUGUUUCUUAGUCAUGAAGUUGAGUUAAACAUUUUUGAAGGAAAUAUAUUACAAAAUGAAUAUCGAUAAGCCCCAACUGUACCAGAUCUUGAUCUACUGUGAUAUAAUAUUUACAAGUAACCUUGGGAUUAUAGACUUUCCCAUGAAAUCAGUGUUUACUGGAAUAAUAAUAAUAAUAAUAAUGGUAUUUUAUUCAAAGACUGUUCGCAGCAAGAGCUGAAUUGUACAGAACUUUUACAUUAAAAAACAUAAAACAUAACAGUAUCAAAAUAGAAUUAUAAAAAUACACAAAGCAAAAGAAAAAUGUACUAUCAUUAAUACUUUGGGGUUUAUGAAUCAACAGAAUAUUUUUAAAUAUAAGUAAUUGCAGAGGUUUCAAAAUUUGCUUAAGAUAUAGUAUACGAGAAAGCUGAUUGGAAGGAUUUAUGAUGCAAGUGAAUUGGAUUGGAUAAAUUUGACUUGAGGAUAACGAGAUUUUGAAUUAGUGACGUAUUCAGAGUAUAAGGAGAAAUGAAAGUGGGUAACAAUGGGUAAAUGGAACUACUUACAUUUAUCUUUAAGAAAUCCUUGGGCAUAUGAGAGGUGUUCUGAGCUCGUUUUAUGAAUACGACAAAGGAGAUUCUGCCCUCCUGCCCCGUUUGACCGUCUUAUCGAACACAACAAAUCCUCUUUUCGAAUAGAUGACCCCCACACAAAUACCACUAAUGAGGGCCGCUUUAGAUAAGCGUGCAUGCUCUCACAGAUGACACACCAAAAAAAGCUUCACAGACUUUUUUUUCAAACAUAACUAACGGUUCUCACAAAACUUUCACACGCAUUAGUAAAUAUGCCAAAAAUAUAAGAAAAUUUGACACGACUCAAUCGACAUAUACUGAAUUAAGUUUAAAGAGACAAACUAAAACGACAAUACAAUUGUAAAAAUCCCUAUUUCAAAAUUGGCAUCACUUCUUUUGGUUAAGAAAUAAGUUUGAUUGCAAUUUUCUAGAAUUUACUCUGCGAAAACAAUUAUCCUUCAUAACCGGAAGAGAGAUAUCCCUAAAUGUACAGACGUAAUUCUUACUCCUUAAGAGACAUUGAUUACAGACAAUGAAACUGACGAAGAUCUGUCGGUAUAUUCAUAGAUUAAGUAAACAAAUGGUUUUCCCGAAAUUGUUAAAAUUUAUACAAAUUGCAUAUCUUUAGGGUUCCGACUAAUACAGUUUUGCUUCACAGUAGUCCUGACCAUAAUAUGUACCUUGUAUUUGAUUUAAGACUCUUAUGUUAUCUUUUGUAAUCUUGUAUUAUGUCUUUUCUCUAUGAUAGUUUGAUGUUUUAAUGGUCAAUCAAUUUAAUUGAAAUUGAAAAAUAAAUGGAAUACUCAAAUAAAUGCUCCAAAGGUAGAUUGGGCCUAAAUAUAUUUUUACAUCAAUUCUUGUUUAUCAACAUGUAUAUUGUGUUUAAUUCAACGAAAUUCACCGGAUACCUGGUGUGCAAAAACAUUUGAAAUAUGAUCAUUUUCCACGUCCUAUUAAUGCACAUGAUGUAAUGAAUCUGAGGAAAUCGUACAACAUUUUGGGAUUACUCAGUUACCUGAUGUUUUUUUUGUGCAUGUAUAACACUUAUUUGAGAAGAUAAAGUUACUGUAAUAAAACAAGGAUUUUGUGGAAAUUUAAUUUCAUUAUUUCCUUAUUGUUUUCGUAGCCCAAACAUGGAGUAGUAUGCGUGUGCACCGCUUUGUAACUGAAAGGAAAAGGCUAUAUAGUGAUGCAAAGAUGAGGGAAGGGCGCGCUUCCCCCCCCUCCCAAUUUUUUUACGAACGAGAAAAAAAAAGGAAAAAGAGAAUGGUGAAAUAUGAAAUUAUUUUCUGAAUCUUUUGAUGUCAAAAUCAAUCAGAAAUUUGAUUAUUGUAGUAAUAAGAAUGUCGACAUAUUCGAUCGCUUGCAGCUUUUUAUAGAUGUUGCCCUAUACGCCAUAUCUGACCCCCUCAAAAUGUUUGGAUGAUUACACCUCUGCUCUAUAUAAAAUGACUAUUUAAAUGAAUUGGAUUUUAUACCAUAUACAUAUUUCCAGCUAUUUCAAAUAUGAUGGAUCAUCAUUAAAUGCUUUUAAAUAUAUGUUGAACUUUCAUGUCUGUGUUGAACAAUGAAUUUAUGUGAAUUUGUAUCAUUUAAUAAAAUAAGGAGAAACAUGA